CAAUAUCUAUAUAAUUCCCUCGAACAAGGGCAAGAUAUAUAUUAGACGGUACUGCGACAUGAAGGCUUUACUUUGGUUAACAGAGGCUAUGGAGAAGCAUAAGCCUUUUAUUGCAAUGAUAUUUAUACAGUUUGUGUAUGCAGGCAUGUCCUUGUUCUCCAAGGCAUCAAUGAAUUCAGGAAUGAAACAUUCUGUUUUUGUCGCUUAUCGACAAGGAUUCGCUACAUUUGCCUUAGCUCCAUUUGCUUUCUUCCUCGAAAGUAAUAAGAAAGUUCCACUAUCAUGCAAUUUAGUCUGCAAGAUCUUCUUUACUUCUUUAUGUGGGCUUGCUCUGAGCAUGAAUCUCUUCUAUUUGGGAAUUAAAUACACCUCUGCAACAUUUGCUACAGCCAGCACUAACGCAAUUCCUGCCGUGGUCUUUAUCAUGGCUGUUUUGUUAAGGAUGGAAAGUGUUUGCAUAAGGCAAUGGCAUGGAAUAGCCAAGGUGUUUGGUUCUGCAGUGGGACUUUCAGGGGCUAUGGUGUUUACUUUCAUUAAGGGGCCUCCUAUUUACUCAGGUAUUGAGAAGGAAGUUUCAGAGUCCACAAAGAAUAAUAGUUCCAAAGAGGAUUGGAUAAAAGGAGCUCUUCUCAUGUUUGGAUCCAUCCUCACAUGGUCUUUGUGGCUCAUUUUGCAGCGUCCUCUUAUGAAGCAAUAUCCAGCAAAAAUACGUCUUACAACUAUGCAAAUCUUCUUUUGCUGCAUAAUAUCUGCACUUUGGAGUGUUGCCAUGGAUAGGGACAUAUCAUUGUGGAAGCUUGGAUGGGACGUUAAUCUUAUUUCCUUGCUCUAUUGUGUAUGUUUGAAUCUUAUUUCUUUGCUCUAUUGUGUAUGUUUCUCCGUACAUUUUAACAUUAAUUCGAUUAUGUUUUUAAACAUUUUUUUUAUUUCUCAAACUAUGUUUGGAAGUAUAGAAUCAACGUUUUAAAAUUAAAAUUAAAAAAAAAUUAAUUCAAAGUAACGCAUCAUCAAUGCAUUUCCUAAUUAUUAUUAUUAUUUGCAUAUUCCCAA